CACAAACAGGCACCAAACUGAUGACGUGGUCUGGUCUGUCGUUGACCAGAGCAGCAGUAUGGCCGACCAAAGCAGGCAAAUUAAACUCGCUGCAGCUAAGAAAAAGCUGAAGGAGUUUCAGCAGAAGAGCUCCCCUGUUAGUGUGGGAGGAGAAAGGGGUGGAGGAGGAGGAGGAGGAGGAGGAGGAGGAGGAGGUGGUGGUGGUGGUGGUGGUGGAGGAGGAGCAGGGGCCAAGAAGAAGAGGAAGUUGAAGGGACUGAGCCAACACGAUGCACCUUCAACAGACAGAAACUCUCCAGACAAUGCCUUUGCUGACAUGGAGGCCAUCGGGUCUUCAGUUCCUCAGUUGCUGGAGGACCCAAAGGGCGAGCUGGGUCAUGGCUCACCUGUGUCUAACCUUGCUAGCACUAAUGCUGCUACUAACCCUGAGUCUGUUGGUCACAACACUGACCUCCAGGACUAUCCCGAUACCAAUGGCAAUGAGAGUUUAACGGAAGAAAAUAGACCACUGUCUUCCACAGAGAGCCUGCGACAGCUCUCACAGCAACUGAAUGGCCUUGUCUCUAAGUCAUCUGCUGCGUAUGUGAAUGGGGACAGUCCACCUGUUGGUGAGAGGGAGCUGGAGGGUCGGAACCAGGAGAUGGCAGCCGCCCUGGAGUCCAGCGAGCUAACAAACUCUCAGUUAAAUACCAAGCUAGACCAGCUGACACAGCAAUCUCAGGGGCUCUCCGAGCAGCUACAAAAGGAGCGAAAAGAAUUUGAACAGAGGUGUUCAAAAGAGCAGGGAGCCAUGCGGGAGCAAUUACAGGUUCACAUCCAGACCAUUGGUAUACUGGUAUCAGAGAAAUCAGAAUUACAAACAGCACUUCAAUACACGCAACAUGCUGCACGGCAGAAAGCAGCUGAAGCAGAUGAGUUGAAUAACCGUCUGCAGGCAACAAAGCAGAGAGUGUCAGAGCUGGAGAGAACUCUCUCUUCUGUCUCAACACAGCAGAAACAGUUUGAAAAGCACAACAAAGAGUUUGAAAAGGAGAGAGACAGCCUGAGGCUAGAGGUGUUUAGACUACACAAUUUGAGUGAGGAGUCGAAGCAGCAGAAGUCAGAGCUGUCAGAGCAGAUAAAGCUGAGCACACAGGAGAAUGGAGCUAUGAGGCUGGAGGUGGAAGAUCUUCGCAAGAGACUCGAGAUUGCUGACCUCAUGUUGCAACAGUGCUCCAAUCAGUCAGAUCCCACCAGUGUCAACCAGCAGGUCCAGUUACUGCUGGGAGAGAAGCAGCAGCUGGAGGAACAUAACCACCAGCUGAUGGAGUCAAUUGCCCAGCUGCAGACGGAGAGGGAUUGCUAUGCAGAGCAAAUCCAAGAGGAGGGUCGUGUAUGGAAGGACAAAACGGAACAGCUGCUAACACAGGUGUCUUUGGUGGCAGAGGAGCGGGACAGAAACAUUAGCCUUGUCCAGGAACUGGAAGACAACAUCACAGAGCUAAAAAAUGCUGCAAUGUUGUUGUCCCAGGAGAGAGAGGCCCUGGAUAAUGCAGAGCCUCAGUCCUCGGGGCCAUCAGAGAGUGAGGUGGCUCUGCAGGAGGCCCUCAACACUCUACAUCAGGAGAAAGACGCUCUUAUCGCACAGUACCAGGCACAGCUACGAGAUAACGAGCAGCUGAGCCGCCUGUGUGUAGAGCAGGAGACGCGUAUGGGGGAGAUGGAGCGGCAGGUGGAGAGACAAGUCCAGGAGGGAGACGACCGCCGGCGCAUGUUGGAGGAUGUUCAGUCGGACAAGGCCACUAUUAGCCGUGCUCUCACCCAGAACCGAACACUGAAGGACCAGCUGGCUGAGCUACAGAACGGUUUUGUCAAACUGACUAAUGAGAACAUGGAGCUCACCACUGCCAUCCAGUCAGAGCAACAUGUGAAAAAGGAGCUGGCUCGCAGAAUGGGGGAACUGCAAGAGAAACUGCACGACGGCAAGGAGCAGCUGGAACAGAAAAGUAAGGACAGCCAGGCUCUGCUGGAGCAGAGGGACCAGGUAGUGGCCCACCUGCAGCAAUACUGUGCGGCCUACCAGACCCUGGCCUCAGAGAGGGAACAGAUCCACCACCAGUAUCUGCAACAGAUCCAGCUCAUGGACCGGCUGCAGCACGAUGAAAGCCAGGGCCGUGUGCAACUGGAGAUCAGUCACAAUCAACUCAAGCAAGCGCAGGAGCAUUUGGAAAUGUUAGUCAAAGACAACGAUCAGCUUAAGGCUGAGGUGAAGGAGCUGCUCAACAGCUCAACUCUGGUCACAUCAUCCAGAGACCAAGGCGAUGGAGUGGAAAGCCAGUCCCUGCAAGAGAGCCCAGAGAAAUCCUCCUCCAUAGUUAUCCCAGAAGACUUUGAGAGCCAGAAGGAGAUGGAGGAGUUUAUUCGUGAAGCUUUGGCUCAGCUGGAGGCAGAGAGGGACGAGGCCAAGAGGCUACUGGAGGAGGAACACAGGCUCCACAUGGCAGCCAGGCACCAGGCCGCCCUGGCCAUCAGCCUUGAGCACCAACACCACGGCCACACACCUGAUUAUGAUCAUCACGACCACGAUCACACGGAGGGCCAACGUAGUCACUGUGAACACAGUCACGAGCAUUCAGAAGGAGGAGUACCGGUGGAAGUUCAUCAGGCCCUGCAAGCUGCCAUGGAGAAGCUUCAGCAUCGUUUCACCUCCCUCAUGAGAGAGAAAGCUGACCUGAAGGAGAGGGUGGAGGAGCUGGAGCACCGCUGCAUCCAGCUGUCUGGAGAGACAGACACUAUAGGGGAGUACAUAGCUCUGUACCAGAGUCAGCGGGCCAUCAUGAAGCAGAAACACCAGGAGAAGGAGCAAUACAUCAGCAUGCUGGCCCAGGACAAGGAGGAGAUGAAAGCGAAGCUGGCAGAGCUGCAGAAUCUGGUGAUGAGGCUGGUGGCUGAGAGGAACGACUGGUACAGCCGCUACACCGGAGCUGUGGCCCGCGUAGGCACAGUGAGCCCCGACCUGCUUCCUGUUGGGGAGGAUCACCCUCACCCGGAGCACCACGAACACACACAUCUUGAUGCUUUCAGUGGAGCAGAAGCCAUGGAGAUCAUUCCUUUGUCAGAGCCCACCACAGGCCUGGAAGGCCCCCCCUCGUCCCAGUCGCUGUCGAGCGGGUCGGCCCAGAAUGACUCCAAGCCCUUGGGGCCCAAAGAGGACGGCACAGCCCAGCAGAUCAUGCAGCUGCUCCAGGAGAUCCAGAACCCCCAGGGAGCACUAAGAUCACCCCCUUUCCUCGGGGAGAACCCCUGCAUCCCCUUCUUCUACCGGCCUGACGAACAGGACGAAGUCAAGAUCCUGGUGGUGUGAGGUGUGGCUGUGACUGAGGUGUGGAUGUGACUGAGGCUGGUGUGCGUCCGUGUGUAUGUAUAUGAGAUAUUGGACAGUCUGGGGAAUAUUAAAUGCCACAGUAUACCCGUGUUUGUAGCUUGUUGAUCAUACUCACAAACACUUUUCAAGAAAUAUGACACCCUGCAACAUUAGUCACAGAUAUCUGAAUGUCUUUGACCCAGUUACAUUAACGUGCCCCCCCCCCCUGCUCUGUGUGUUGGCAUAUGGUUAAAAGGAGUGUAUUAUCUAUUUUUCGUUUUUAUGGGGUUCUUUGUUUAUGAUGCUCUUCCACAGGAGUUAACCAGUAUUUCGUAGCGCAAUCUAAUUAUUCUCCAUACCACCAUUUUUAAAUCACUUUUCCCCUCUCCCAUUUUACACACAAGUGCAAUAAAAGGGCCAUAUAUUCUGAACGCUAGCUGAUACAGUACUACAAGAGCUGUCAGAAAUGUGUGCAACAUCAGUGCAAAUCUCAGUUUUACACAAUUCACUGUACAAAUGCCAAAUAAGAGCAUCACGUUUGAAUGUAAUAACCCGAGUAUUUACCCGUAUGUUUGUGCAAUGUGAGGAGAGCUGAUGAUGGCGAAUGGGCGCACGAGGAGAAGAGGUGCAGAGAUGUAAGUUGAAGUCAGAUAGAGAAAUGAGGGCACAGACUGGCCUUUGAAAAGUCAAGAGUUUGCUAGUUAGUUACAUGAUAAGAUUCAGGAAGACAGAGGCAGGUGUAAUAGAUUGGUACUGUUCCUGUUUCUCUACCUUUUUUGUCUUUUUCCUCCAAACACUGAAAAUAAGUCUCAUUUUUGUACAAUGUGAAAUGUUAAUAUAUGUGUGUGUUGUGAUGUCAAACAUCCUGUUCGACUGAGAGAAGUCACCGCUGUUAUGAAAAGGUGGUUUCUAAAGUCAUUGAGGGGAUAGAUGCAAUUUAUAGAUCCCAUAUAAACAUAUUUUAGCAUUAUUUUCAGAGUGUAAUUCUGAUAAAUGGUAGAGCUUGGGCUGUUGUGCUUUGGGCUGCUUUCCACAUUAUUGUUUUCUCUAUCUUUGUCAUUAGCCUGAUAGAUAAUUAGAUGCAGUGACUGGAGGAAGUUACAGGAAGUACGGUGUUAAAAGGCACUCCUAAGUCGUCGCUCUUCUCCAAAUACUCUCUAACCUAAGGCAUUUGGCUGGCCUCAUCAAAAAUGUCCACACUAUUUCAUUUCCUAAUUUAAAUUUGUUUUUUGGGGGUUUCUUUUUGUUUCUCAACUGACACUAUUGAUAUGAGCCUGUUCUUUUGUUACGUUUGCUUGUAUUUCCACAUAUCAAAGAUGAAUUAAUGCACAUCCUUUACAACUGGACUGAGUUUACGUGGUGUGUAAGUGAGUGAUCCAAACUGUUUCCUCUUCAGCCGAAGUUGCAUCUGUUGUCCUUUUUUGUAGAGUUCUAUCAGAUUAUGUAAGUAUGAUUGCACUAAAACUGUACAAAGCCUCUCUGAGGAAUCUGGUUGUACAGCGACGUUUCUACCAUCGAGCCCCUUCAUGACUUCUGUGGGGGAAAAGGGGAAUCCUAUGACGCCACAGUCUGAAGCUGAGGGUUCCAGUUGAAGCUAAUUAAUUUAAUUAAAAGUGUGUUUGUUUGUGUGUGCAGUGUUGCACUCAGAGGGGUAAUUGUAAAUAUGAAUAGAAGGUGAAAUCCCAAAGUUAUGGGACCACUCUGAAUAUGAAAAAGUCUUUCCAAAACUAGUCACAAUUGUUGUAUUCAUAUUUUGUAACUCUUGUCUUGGCCACACUUGAGUAAAUCUCCUUCAGGCCUUGAAAACAAGAACUUGUGUGGGAUCCCAACAUUAGAACCUCUUUCUUAAAUGUAUGUCUAGCUUGAAGGGAGAGAUGCUCAUUUUCACAAAUGUAGAUUGGAGGAUGGAUUGAUUGACAACUUCACUGUCGAGCCUUUUUUCCGUUUGCAACUAGCAACCAAGAGGUACGCCGUCACAGCUCACUUGUGUUCCAUUUCAGAUUAAUUUUACGACAGAGGCCUCUGGUUUUUAAGAGUCUUCCCAUGGUUUUAAUAUGCAAGGACGGGGGGGGGGGGGGCAUACAGAAAUCCCAGUGACUGCUUUUUGAGGUUUUUUAACCUCAUUUGGAUGUCUUUAAAUUUUAAGAUCCUCUCUGUUUACGUUGAGGUAGAGGACGCGUGUUCAAUUGUUAAAUAGCACACUUGAUAUUUAUCACCAAAUGCAAUGGGGCAGAAGGCAUUAGUGCAGAUUUUGGUCUUUUAAACAUAUUAUAAAAAGGAAAAUGUAAUAUGUGGAGGCCAUAUGUGCUUUUUACAGGCAAAGUAAACGGUGCAUUAAACCCCAACAUUGUGUUAAUAACAGGGUUUUGAAUACAUUCACUUUAAUCAUUCUUGAUUUUCCUCGCUUCUUAGCAUUCUCUCACUUUUUGGUUUUCCUUUUUGAAAAAUGCCACAAAAUAAGAUUUAUUUUUCUUCCUUUUAUGUUUUUCUUUUUUUUUGGUUAGUCCAAAAGUCGAACAACAAUAAAAUCCUUUUAGUGUUUCGGGGCUUGUAAAAUAACAAUUAAGACAAUGUUGAUCAAAUUACUUCCCACUCUGAUUCUCUGUUAAAUAAGUUAUGCGUGAUGAAACGAAUAGCAAUGAGAAAGCAUUUAUUGUCUUUACAGUAAAAGUAAAGGUGGUGUAUAUACUGUAACUGUGUAACAUAUUGUAUAUUCAUAAUGCCUGGUGUGUGUGUGGGGGAAAAGCUGCUCUGCCAUGUUUACUGGUGGUGGGGACUAUGUGUCGUUGGCGGUUAUUGACUGGCUGUGAUUUAAUACAAAGAUUGACUAAAAAAGAGAGAAUAUUCUAUUUAUUUGGAAUACGUUAGUAUCGCAUCUAAUCAGUUUAAAAGUAAAAUAGAAGUCAUUUUUGGAUGGAAAUGAAGGAUCAUUCAGAGAACUGAUUUGUUCGAGGUUUGCUUCUGAUGGAAGCUUUCUAAUUUGUUUUCCUCGAGUAAUAUUUUCUCCCCUUCUCCCGAUUAAAACUGAUCGAGCAACUUGAA